GUCAUUCCACCACACAACCACCGCUUUCGCGAAACAAACACGAAAUCAAACUUAAGUCAUGUCUAAAAUUUCCACUUAGUCGCUCCGACUAGCGGGGAUCCGCGUACACAGACCAACGAGCAGUGCUUCGUCGUGCGUUUAUUGAUUAAAUCGCGCUGUCGUAAAAGAAACCUCUCCGACCGAAGGAAUUUCGCGCACCCUCGUAGUGUGCGUGUGUUUUGCAUUUGCUGACAGUGACAGCGCAAAGUGUCAAAGUUUUUCUCUGUCAGCAGCAGAGGUUCCUCGGGUGUACAGUUUAGUAAUCCACACACCGCCCAUCGGGGAAAAUCGCUUGGAAUCGAGACUCAUUUUUUGCGUGCGAAGCAGGUUCCUAAAAUGAAUUAGUAGGCCGUGGGCCGUGACGAGUGUGUGCGUUGUGUGUGUGUGUGUGCGCCGUGGAAUUUCGGGUUGGAAGAUUUUCUGCGGAGUUGGUCGGGGCGCGCGCGAGUGAUUCACACGGGGCAACUUGUUUCGCGCGGAACCUGGUCCCGGAUUACGUUCUUGCGGAAGAGGCAGCAGCGGGACGGAGGGGGAAAGUUUCGCUGGAAGAGAAUCGAUCGCAGGCACCCAGGAGCAGGGCCGAAAAACGAAGUAGCUGUCAAAAAUUGUUCUCGCUGGAGGAGGAAGGCCAAAAGGUUUUCGGUGCCAAGUCGGGGUCACCCCUCCCGAGAGUGUGGUCACACGGGGUGUUGUUCCGGGAAGAAAAUCGAUUCCGUGUGCCGUGUGGCAAGUGUCAAAUCACCGACCUCCGUGGUGGGUUGUGUUCCGAGCAGCGAAAAUCCAAUAAAGCAUGGAAAAAAUAAAAGAGUUUGUGUUAGUUUUGCGUGGUGAGAAGAAAGUGUGAAAGAAAGUUGGAAGUGGCCAGCAAAAAGUUUAGUUUCACUUCCCUUCGGCUCACCUUGGAGAGCGGGAGGAAGCGGGCAAGCCACAGGAAAAUACGAAAUAAGCCCAUUGGAAGGCAGUGGAAGUCUCAAGUGUGGUUCUAGAGUUCUGACCACCCGAUCAGGAUAGCCAACAGGGCCAGAGGAGACUAGGGGCAGGGGAGCCGGCGGUCUCGAGAUGGCCUCCGGGGAUACGGCCGCGAUCGACACGAUUGACGUGGAGUCGGCGUUGUCGACGAAAAACUCCGAGUACACGACCAGCAGCAGCGGCUUCGCCAAGGAGCAGUACGCCGAGCAGGAUGAAUACGGAAAAUUCAUCAAGGACACUCCCGGGAAGCAAAUCCUGGCGGACGGUAUGUCCGCGGACCAGCCGCUGGCCUCGCGGCCCCACCGGCCCAAGUCGGACAAGGAGCGCAAGCUGGGCCAUCGGCGGGUGGGCGAGGGCGGCGAGAUCACCUACAAGAAGAUCCAGACGACGCAGAUCAUGGGCUCGAUCCAGCUCGGCAUUCAGCACACGGUCGGCAGCCUGGCGUCGAAACCGCGGCGCGACCUGCUGAUGAUGGACUUUUGGGAGCUGGAGACGAUAUCGUUCCCGCCGGAGGGCUCCAGCAUGACGCCCGCCCAUCACUUUAGCGAGUUCAAGUUUAAAAUCUACGCCCCGAUCGCGUUCCGGUACUUUCGGGAUUUGUUCGGCAUACAGCCGGACGAUUUCAUGAUGUCAAUGUGUUCAGCUCCACUGCGCGAGCUCUCGAAUCCGGGCGCGUCCGGUUCGAUCUUCUAUCUGACCGAUGACGACGAGUUCAUCAUCAAGACUGUGCAGCAUAAGGAGGGCGAGUUUCUGCAGAAGCUGUUACCAGGAUAUUACAUGAAUCUGAAUCAAAACCCGCGCACGCUACUGCCCAAGUUCUUCGGGCUGUACUGCUACCAGUGCAAUAGUAAAAACGUCCGGCUAGUCGCGAUGAACAACCUGCUGCCGUCGUACGUGAAAAUGCAUUUGAAGUACGAUCUGAAGGGGUCAACGUACAAACGAAAGGCCAACAAAGCGGAGCGCAACAAGGGCUCGCCCACGUACAAAGAUCUGGACUUUAUGGAGCACCACCCGAACGGGAUCUUCCUGGAGGCGGACACGUGCAACGCGCUGAUCAAAACCAUCCAGCGGGACUGCCGGGUGCUCGAGUCGUUCAAGAUCAUGGACUACUCGCUGCUGGUGGGCGUCCACAAUCUGGACCAGGCGCUCAAGGAAAAGCAGGAAGCGGCGGCCAAGGCCCGGUCCGAGGGCGAAUCGGACUACGAGGACGCGCCCGAGGCGGACCAGUACAUGGUGCAGGAACGGGAGGAGCAACGGACGACGGCACUGAACAGGAGCAGGAACACUACGUACGGAAAAAUGCUCAUUAGGUCAAUCAACCGGCAGCGGCUUGUUGCGCAUUCGACUGCAAUGGAAAGUAUUCAGGCCGAGAGCGAACCAAUCGACGAGGAGGACGACGUACCACCCGGUGGUAUUCCUGCCCGCAGCGAGAAAGGCGAGCGGCUCCUGCUGUUCAUCGGCAUCAUCGACAUCCUGCAAUCGUAUAGGUUAAGGAAAAAGCUGGAACACACGUGGAAAAGUAUUAUACACGACGGUGAUACCGUAUCGGUACACCGACCCUCCUUCUAUGCACAACGCUUUCAGGACUUUAUGGCGAAGACCGUCUUCAAGAAAAUUCCAUCCCUGGAUCUUCCCGAGAUCAAAGGCAAUCAUAGAAAAUUUCGCACGUUGGUCACCAGCUACAUAGCGCUAAAACAUUCGCCGUCGAAGAGAAAAAGUCUCUCGAAAGCAGCACAGAGAACUAAAAACGAAGAAACCGAAAGUCAACCGGUGGCCGGAAGUUCCCACCAGCAUCACCAGCAGCAGCAGAGGGAUCGGGACCAUCAGCAGCAGCAACAACAGCAGAAUCAGCAGCAGCGGGACCAGCAGUUCCAUCCGACCCAGACGCAUUUCAACCAGCACACCACUGGAACACCUAAAUCCGACCUAGACGCCGCGUCCAGCACGGCAGCAACGACCGCGACAUCUUCGAGCAGCAACGGUGCGGGCGGCCCAACUGGUGGAACCGGCAAGGGAAAGGGAUCCGCGGCGAUGCCUCCGCUGAAGAAGAAAACCGCGAUUGUGAAGGCCAGCGUGCCGCCACCGGUGCCACCGCGGGGCUCGCCCAAGAUGACCAAGGCGGGGAUGAAAGGAGGUGGCGGCACGGGGUCGUUGCCGAGUUCGUCCAGCCACCGGGGACGGUCCAGUGCAGGCACAUCUCCUUCCUGUUCUUCCACCCCUCCUCCCGCUUUCGACGAUAUCUCCGAGCACGGUAGCAGUAGUCAUCGGCACUCGUCGGACGAUAAUAAGACCGGAGGGAAUGGCGGCGGCGGCGGACGUCACCACGGAGGGCUGAGCGGCGGGGGAGAAGGUGGAGGCGGCGGCGGCGGUACGGUUGACCGGCGGAGCACCUCCUGCCGGAGUGAUAACUACAAGGAAGACUCAAUUAGUAUAUCAGAAAUAAGAUUAGAAAGUCAUUUAGCAGUCGAAUCAUCAUCCAAUAGCAAUUACGGCUCCCGGGGCGCCCUAGCGUGGACCCCGCCGGCCUCCGUCGAGGGCUCGACCCCGACCUGGACCGAGGGCACGCCCAGCUUCACCGAGUCCAGCUCCAGCGGUGAUAUCGGAACAUUCUCAGGCCAUUCGUCUCCCCUGCACACGACCCUCUCGGACCGGGACCGCCACAAGCCGACCGUCGAGAAGGCCCUCAACUCGCUCACCUCCGAAAUGCUAGAUGAGUUUAACGAUUGUUUGAGUAGAACUUUUGGGCCCACUUCCGGCGGCGAAGCGAAACAGGAACAACACGCCAAAACCAUGGACGGCAGUACGUGAAAAGGGGACAUCUUACACACCUGUAGAGUUACUAGCCACUAACAGAAUACUACUCCCACCCCUCACACUAUUGCCAUCUUCCCUCCUAGCCCCAGAGAUUACAGUAGAGUAGUGUUGUGAACAUAUUCAAAAACCAACCAAAUCAACAACUCUGUACAGUAGUUACUAAACUAACACAACAAACGUAAAUGGAAAAACUGAAACCCACUAUCGUGUAUUGUAACGGAUCUAGGAUUUACGCGCUUGCGCUAUCGCCAACUAUCGUGAACAAAUAGUUUAGCUUUUAGCGAAUUUAGAAAGAGUAAACAUUUAAUGUAUCUCAAAACAAAAAAAAAACGCUUCGCACUAAUCUUUCUACGCAGUUCGAGAAGAAUUCUUGUAGCUUUACAGCGUGUUUUCUCGAAAUAUUCAUAUAAAAAGGCCAGUUUGCGCGAGUGAGUGUUUAUUUUUUUUUUCGCUGGUGAGGAAUUGAGUGCAUUUAAAGUUCAAGAGAUUGCCUUUGGUGAAGAAAGUUUGUACAUAUAUUGUUUUUCUUCUGGUGAAUACUUUUCUUUUACUUCUUACUAUCUAUUAUUGGGUUAGCUUGAGGUCGAGUGUUUUUACUGUCUAUUGCUUCAGUAUUUAUUUUCCGGUUAAAAGUGUCUUUUCUUCUUAUUUUAUAAUUCUUAAAAUAGUAAAUUUCUAGAUUUGUACAUAAUUAAUACUAAGUGUCGAUCGACAUAAAUCAUUAUUUGCUAUUUUUCUUAGGUGCUAAAUGCGAUAAUUUAUUUUUGUUUUCGUGCAAAACAACGUUGACAAUAUUCAACGUUACUAGUGAGCGGGCGUUGUUGCUACCGUUACCGAAGCGAUAUUAGUCAAAUUGCUAGAUCGAAAUAUAUUAUUCACUUGAAAAAUAG